UAACACACUGUCAGCGGGUCCCGGAUUUAGGCGAUCCACGAACCAAGCUAUUUUUACAGGCUUCCUCUUUGCGUUUAUCUUUAGCCUUGUGUAUACAAUUUCAUUUGUGCCUGUAGGAUAGUAUACUACAGGAUUACCUCUACCGUUUCUCCACUAAUGCUGGUCUAAAGAUAGGCGUCAACUGGCUGUUACAAUGUUGGUGCAUCUGCUGGGACUCCAUCUGGUGGCGAGCCUCGUUAUGGGGCAGGACACCACUGGGACAGAAGUCCCCAUGGUCAAUAUGGCACCUUCCAAUAACUCAAACAUUGAAGAACUUGAAAAUGAGGUGUUUUCUAUGAAAGUUGUCCAUUUGACGAGUAAAACUGACGCCAUUCACGUCGGUUGGAAUAUGACCUAUUCAAAAAAUAUUACACAACAGCAUAUAAAUCAUUUCAAAGUGAAGUACCGAACUGGCAAGUUGAAUUUCAAUAGUGACCCACUAGGGCCAACGAAUAACUCGUAUUGGAUCAUGCAUCUGAAUCAUGACACGCCAUACAACGUGUGCGUGGUUGCUAGUUACCGGAGCGAUGCUGGCGAGCAAAUUGAGCACGUUGUCUGUGAAGAGUUGUUCACGAUCCCGCUCAUUCAUAUCAUUAGCCUUAUCGUUUGCCUUCUGGUCAUUGGCUAUUUUGUAGUUGUGUUCCUCUUGGCGUAUAUCUGUGUUAAACGCAACCAGAAGAAAGCUGAAGAUCAGGAACGCCUGACGUCAGAGGAAGAGGAAAAACUGCAACCUCAGGAAAAUGGACGUAAUGGGAAACCCAGUGGGAACAAUCCAUACUCCAGCAUAGAGGAUAAAGACGUACCUUGGAUAGAGUCUGAGGCUGCCGAUGCCUAAUCAAGAAACCUCCCGGCGCCAAUGCUGCCUGCACUUUGUAUUAUCAUGAUUGAACAGUGACGUCUUGUGCAGGAUCCUACAAUACGGGUUGAUGACGAGCACUGUGUCAAGACCCCAAUUUGUGAAGCGAACUAACCAUAAAACAAAAUGAUCAAUAUUUUUAUGACGAUUUAAGUGACUUUCUCAUUGAAGUCCUUAUUAUAUUAGUAGUAGUCCCACAUAUUAGUCCCAAUAAUUACGUUUAUUCGUAAACAUUGAAUUUGAAAAUUAUAAUGAUGACAUUCAAGUUUCUGGGUAAACUUGUAAGCACGUGUAUUUUGAACAUAAUCGUGUCACGUGAACAGAUAUCGUUGAUACAUAUGAUCAUUCAUUCAUCUUAGUCAGCACAUAUUUAAAUAUUUGUUUCAUACGUUUUACAUAUUUCAUAUACUCUACAUUUUUGUAUGUUUCACAUAUUUGAUAUGUUUCACAUAUUUCAUAUAUAUCACAUUUUGAUAUGGUUCAUAUGUUUCAUACAUUUCACAUUUUCAUCUAGUUCACAUGCUAAUUUCAUACGUUCCAUAUGUUAUUUAUAAAUAUA